AAGGUAGUUGUUCGGUUCCGGGCUAUUGGAAACGCCCCCAUUCUCAAAAAAUCUGUGUACAAAAUUUCCUCGGCACAGCGGUUCCAGGCGCUCAUAAUUUUUUUGCGUAAAGAGUUGGGAUACAAGGCCGUCGAGCCGCUGUUUGUAUAUGUCAACAGUGCGUUUUCUCCGGCUCCCGAUGAGACCGUGUACAAUUUGGUUCGCUGUUUUGGACUAGACAGUCAGCUGACUAUAAACUAUGCCACUACGCCAGCUUGGGGUUAA